AUGACAACAUUUGAUUUCUCGGACAUAGAGGCGUUUCUAGAUCUCCAUCCUGAUCUUUUUGAGGAGUAUCUCAUCCGAAAGGCGAAGUGUGAUCAGGUGAGCAGAUGGUUGAAGGAGCACCCGCCGUCCAAAGUCACCACAUCCGAGGAGAAGCGCAGCGCAGCCAGGGAUCCGCUCUGGCCGACUAACCCGGACGGUCUCCGGCGCAGAUCGUCCCAUAUGGAGCUACGACGAAACUUUGCCCGCUCCAAAGCAACCACCACGCACCGGACCUACGAUGAGCAUGUGAGCCUGAGCGAGCACGAGUCCCAGUCCAGCAUGAGGCGCCGUGCGCUCCUGCGUAAAGCCAGCUCCCUGCCUCCGACCACCGCGCACAUCCUGAGCGCGCUGCUAGAAUCCAGGGUCAAUGUGCCCCAGUACGCGUCCAGCGCCAUCGAUUACAAAUACAGGCUGAAGGAAACAAACGAGAGGGAGUUUUUCCUGGAGUUAGUGAAGGAUAUCUCUAAUGAUCUCGACUUAACAAACCUCAGCUACAAGAUCCUGAUAAAUGUGUGCAUCUUGGUGAACGCAGACAGGUGUUCGCUGUUCCUCGUGGAGGGACCCGCGCACAAGAGGACGCUUGUGUCUAAAUUCUUUGAUGUGCACUCUGGCACCACAGUGAGACCAUCUUCCAGCACCCUGAACUCUAACGAGGUGCAGGUUCCGUGGGGGAAAGGUAUCAUUGGAUACGUUGCAGAGCACGGGGAAACUGUGAACAUCCCAAACGCAUAUGAGGACCACCGCUUCAGUGAUGAAAUCGACAAGUUAACAGGCUACAAGACUCAGUCCAUCCUCUGCAUGGCCAUCUGUAACAGCGAUGGGGAAGUGGUUGGUGUUGUACAGGCAAUCAACAAGAAUCCCAUGGGCACACCCUUCACUGAGGAUGAUGAGAAGGUUCUGCAGAUGUAUCUACCAUUCUGUGGAAUAUCUAUCUCCAAUGCCAAGCUGUUUUCAGAGUCCCGCAAGGAGUACGAGAGGAGCAGGGCUCUGCUGGAGGUGGUCAAUGACCUAUUUGAGGAGCAGACUGACCUGGAGAAGAUUGUCAGGAAGAUCAUGCAGCGAGCGCUGACACUGCUGCAGUGUGAACGCUGCUCUGUGCUUCUUCUUGAAGACAUCGACUCACCUGUUGUGAAGUUCUCCAAGACGUUUGAGCUCAUGUCUCCACUGUGCAAUAUGGACCGUGACAUUGGCAUGGAGAAGCUAUCGUGUUCUGAUUGGCUGAUCAAUAACAGCAUUGCUGAGCUGGUGGCUUCCACAGGACUACCCGUCAACAUCAGCGAUGUGUGUCAGGACCCACGCUUUGAUGCUGAGGCUGAUCAGGCGUCAGGCUUUCACAUCAGAUCUGUGUUGUGUGUCCCUAUCUGGAAUAGAACUCACCAGAUAAUCGGUGUUGCACAAAUACUAAACCGCCUUGACAGGAAGACUUUCAGUGAUGCAGAUCAGAGACUGUUUGAGGCAUUUGUGAUAUUCUGUGGCCUUGGAAUUAACAAUACUAUGAUGUACAAUCAAGUUAAGAAGACAUGGGCCAAGCAGUCUGUAGCACUUGAUAUGCUGUCCUAUCAUGCUACCUGCUCCAAGGUGGAAGUUGACAGGCUAAAGGCAGCUAAGAUCCCCCUGAGCAGUGAGUUAGGCAUCGAUGAGUUUCACUUCAAUGACUUUUCUUUGGACAAUGAUGCCAUGAUCACUGCAUCACUCCGGAUGUUUCUGGAACUUGGAGUCGUCCAAAAGUUUAAAAUUGACUAUGAGGUUUUGUGCCGCUGGCUUCUGACUGUGAGGAAGAACUACCGAACUGUGGCGUAUCAUAACUGGAGGCAUGCUUUCAAUGUAUCCCAGUGCAUGUUUGUAAUGAUCACAACAGCCAACUUCCAGGAUGCUCUGUCAGAUGCAGAGAUACUGGCUUUGAUGGUCGGCUGUCUGUGUCAUGACCUAGACCACAGAGGCACUAACAAUGCAUUCCAAGCCAAGACAGGCUCUGCUUUGGCUCUUCUCUACGGGACAUCAGCCACCUUGGAGCAUCAUCACUUUAACCAUGCGGUCAUGAUUCUACAAAGUGAGGGUCACAAUAUCUUUGCAAACCUCUGCUCUGAGGAGUACAGCAACAUGAUGCAACUAUUGAAGCAGGCUAUUCUCUCCACAGACCUUACACUGCACUUUGAGCGCAGAACCAAGUUCUUUGAGUGUGUUCUUUCUGGAGAAUUCAGCUGGACGGAUGAAGGACACAGAGGAGUUCUCAGGUCCAUGCUGAUGACCGCAUGCGAUCUAGGCGCUGUAACUCGUCCUUGGGAGAUCUCAAAACAGGUUGCAGAGCUGGUAACGAGUGAAUUCUUUGAACAAGGUGACAGAGAGAGGUCUGAGCUUAAGUUGACCCCAGCGGCCAUAUUUGAUCGUAACCGCAAAGAUGAACUCCCUGCUCUACAGAUGGAGUGGAUUGAUGGGAUAUGCAAACCCCUUUACCAGGCACUGCUGAAACUCAACAGGAAGCUGCAGCCUAUGGUUGAUCAGAUUUAUGCAAAUCGAAGCAAAUGGCAGGAUAUCUGCUCAUCCUAUCAGGAAGCACGCAGAGCCUCAGUGACCAAUCUGUGUCCUGAAUCAGAAAAUAUGCCCGAACCCCAGAGAGAUAUAGAAAUUAAUGAACAGCAAGACCCUGCAGGUACUUUAAACACCACAUUUGGGUCAAAGUCGAGCUGCAGCCAGGAUCAGAGGUGUAGAACAAACGAAGGUUCUUCUGAUGAUUACAUAUCAUCAGCAAAGAAAUAA